CCCACGCUCCCAUUGGCGCACCACCACGUAUCUCCAUUGGUCAUGGGGGUAGUGACAGGGCUGUGAUUGGUCCCCAGCCUGGGGUACCAGGUCACAUAUCUACCUGAGGCAAGAGCCUCUCUUCUUACUCUGCGACGGGCAGUCGUGAGUGACUGACUCGUCAGAGCUUCGAGCAACUUCCUGCGUGUUCCACAAGAGUCGAAGGUGCAUGGUUCACCGUAGUGGCCUUAAGGAUUAUAAUGGCCACCCCUGGAGAAGGCAACCAACCCAGAGAUGAUGGGGCACCCCAGCCAGUGCCACAGCUGCAGCAGCUUGAGCCCCGGGUGGCCCGCAGACGCCUGUCCCAGGCCCGCCAUCGAGCCACCCUGGUAGGGCUCUUCAACAACCUAAGGAAGACAGUUUACUCCCAGUCUGAUCUCACAGCCUCAAAGUGGCAGGUACUGAAUAAGGCGAAGUCUCAUAUUCAGGAACUGGAAGGAAGCUUGGAUAAUUUGCUGAAGCUCAAAGGAUUCUUCAACCUGCAAGACGGAAAUCCCAACACCUUAGAGGAGGUCAAGGAAGAAUAUGCCAGAAUGUACUCUGAGAAUGAAAGUGUGUUUCUAAACAGUUUUCCUCAGAACAGCCCCCCUGCAUGGCUGCCCCCUGAGGCUGUUGGGCCGGAUGCUGAAGAAGGAGGAAAUGAUGAAGAGAGAGAGGUAGAGGAGUACCAGGAAGAGGAGGAAGAGGAGGAAGAGGAGAAAAAAGUCGAUCUGUCCCACUCCUCUCCCACUCUGUUGCCGGACCUCAUGGAAUUUGAACGGUACCUCAACUUUUACAAGCAGACCAUGGACCUCCUGACCAUGAACAGCAUCAUCUCCGCACAGGAAGUGACACUCCCCAUUGUCUCUGCGGCCAUCUCCCACCUGUGGCAGACUCUCUCUGAGGAGAAAAAGGCCAGGCUCCUGCAGGUGUGGGAGCAACAGCACAGCACCUUCUCGGACCUCACCGAGGCCUGUCUAGAGCUGGCCGGUGCUGAGGGCAGCAUGAAGGACAGCGGGGUGGACAGCCAAGGAGCCAGCUGCUCACUGGACUCCACCCCGGAAGAGAUCCUCUUUGAAGAUGCUUUUGAUGUGGCGAGCUUCCUGGACAAGAGUGAGGCCCAGCGUCUGUCUAACAUCAGCGCUGUGUUUGCCAGCUGCAACUCAGAAAAUCUAGAGGAGAAAUUUCAGCUCUACAUACAGAUCAUCGAGUUUUUCAAAGGCCUUGGCUGUGUCAACACUCCAUUAAACCAGGAACCAGAUCCUCCUGUGGAUGACGACGUGAUGUUGUUGAAGUGCCUGGAGACCUUCGAUGAUGAAGAUCUGUAAUGCGGAGGGGAGCUGAAAAGAAAAAGAUUAAAUGGGGGAGGGGCGGGUCCAAGUUUGAAAUGCCAAUGGCUAGGGUUAUACCCCCUUGUCUUUCAAGACUCAUUGAGAAAGGCUGUCUCCAAAAGCCUUUUUGAUGUUCUUAGUUUCUGUUACUAUAAAGUGUUAAGAGCAAUGAUA